UCAUUUUCAGCUGCCAAUUUUGUCAUCAAGAAUACUUUUUUGUCGUGUACUGUUGUAACUAUAGAUGGCUUUGUGAGUAAACAAAAAGUCGCGGUUAUUUUCUUAUUAGACGAGGGAAAUUUGUGUGAAAAAAUGACUCAGAAUUCCGUUCAAAAUGGGUGCAAUGGGCACGAAAAGGGCCCAGGGAGAUUGGACGUGGAGUACGUGAAUAAAUCCCAGAGAUUCAUCCUGCCAGCAAAGCAUGAUUACAACAGACAAUUUCAUAACCUCUACGUGGCUCGAUGUGAAGUAAUGCUGGGACUCCUGCGGGAGAAGGUGCAGCAGAAAUGGGGCACACAGUAUCCAAUAAGGAAAAUUCAUGAUCUGAAUGAUGAGAAUCAGGAGAAAUGCGUGAUAAUUGGAACCAUUUUCAAGCAACAGGUGCUCAAGCCGAGUGUUCUGAAGGAAUUGGCAAAGGUGACACACAUCAUGCCACAGCCGAUUGCCCCCAGUUUCACAGAUGAUUCCGAUGUUGUCAUGCUGGAGGAUGAGCUGCAGAGGGUCCGGCUGUUUGGUAACAUUGUCCCGCAUGAUGUUGUUACGGGAAUUAUGUGUGCUGUCCUUGGUCAUAUUCUGGAGCAGGGGAGGUUCCAUGUGGAUGAGAUUCUCUUCUAUGAGUGUGGGCCACAGGAAUCACUCAAAACACUCGAUAAUUCCCCGUCAAUUGUCCUGAUUUCCGGUCUAAACAUGACACAUGCAGAUAAUUUAGCAAUGCCCCUGGAGAUUCUUCAGCAGUGGCUCUUUGGGAAUUGGUUUGGAGGAAGUGGGUUUGAUCCUCAGUCAGUUGUACGAGUAAUUGUGGCGGGAAAUUCGGUGAAAACUGAGGAUAAUCGAGUGGAGUCGUUGGAUAUGGAGCAACAGGCAACGGCGGAAGAUGUCAAUGGCAUAAGAGCAGUUGAUAAGUUCCUCGAGCAACUCAGCCAAUCAGUCAAUGUAGACCUAAUGCCGGGAGAGUAUGAUCCAACAUCAUCCCUCCUGCCACAGCAACCCAUUCACAUGCUCCUCCUGCCCAAAUGCAGCAAACUCAAGACUUGCCAGAGUGUCCCGAAUCCGUAUGCGUGUGAAAUUGCCGGGAGGAGUAUUCUCGGGAUGUCAGGGCAGAAUGUCGAUGAUAUUGUGCGAUAUUCACAAAUUCCCGAUGCCCUGGCGGCACUCAAGGCUACCUUCCGUUGGGGGCACAUUGUUCCAACGUGUCCGGAUACCAAAUUCGCCUACCCAAUGCGUGGGAAUGACCCCUUUGUCAUUGAAGACUGCCCACACAUCUACUUCACCGGAAAUUGCCCAAAAUACCAAACGGAACUCCUCAAGGAUGCCGCAGGGAGGAAAGUUCGCCUCAUCUGUGUGCCAAAAUUCUACGAAACCAAAUCCAUUGUCGUGGUGAAUUUGGCGAAUCUCGAAUGCAAACUAAUGAUGUUCCAAACUGAAUAAUUAACUAAUUACUUUUCAUUAAUAUUAUGGUUUUUAUUUGAGGCAAGACAUCUAUAUACAAUGUAUUAUAUUAUGUAUUAGUUUUGCUUUCAUUUGAAAUACAUUUCUUGCUGUAAUUUUAUUUGGA